CCCGGACGGUUAAGCACAACUAGAUUGGGUAGUAUUUCGUCUUGAAAGAUUCGGUUGUGCGCUGGUCGGACAACGAGCUUCUGAGCGCUUGUCUGUGAUAGCCGUAAGUCCUCCUUCAUUCAACCCACGGGCUUGGCAGAACAGGUCUGGGUGGGUCUUCUGAGUUUUGGCAAGUUUUCAUCCUAUAUGGAAUGUUGAAAUACUCUCUCGUGUGGAACACCUUAUAACUUCGUGUGUGUCACGGUGGAUGGUUUUGUAUACACUAUCAGUGAAGUGGGGAGGGAAAACCUUGUGUGUAACUUGUUGAGAUCACCAGAGAUCACCUGUAGUGACUUACCUGUUGAGUUGUCAUUCAGUGACGCUGAACUGGCGUUUGUGAACUGAGCUGGUCCGAUUGGUGUACAACUUGGUACAGUGGAGGAAACAUUUAUCGGAUAAUACUUUACAGUUUUGAUUUGGAUAUUACAAGAGUUCCUUUCCUUAACCGUUUGACAUGGGCCAUCACCCGCCGCAGCUCGCGCAGAGAUGACUCACACAAGUUACUUCGGCGCCAAAUUCAAAACGUAGAAGAGACUAGUCUAGCUUCCCUGCAAAGAUGGGGGAAUGUGCGGUGCGAUGUGUCGUUCUGGCUAUACUCAUGUGCCACUGUGUGAAUGUGGCCAUCACCCAAGGUCCGAAAUGUGAACCCCAAGUGAACGUCUCCAUGACCCGCACACAGCAAUUAUCUGGAGACCCAAUCUACUGUGUCAACUCAACUACACCAACAUGCAACGACAGCACCAACGACCUCAACUACACCAUUGCCUCCAGCAACUUCAACAUCAUGGAACUUGACGGCCCCUGUCUCAUGCUUCUGAAGGCAGAAUUUACUCAGUCUAGAUAUUGUAUUACAAUUUUUGCAACACAAAUCAUUGCGAGGAACCCCCUUCAUGACGACUUUGAGAUAUGUGUGACAUUCAACGAAGCUCCAGUGUUUGGGAGUGACCUGAUUCCAAAUAUCAUAAUCAUCCCUCCCUUCACCCAACCAAAGACGAUUGACAUACCAGUCGACACCAGCCCUGAUGGCAUUUUAGCAAUUCAGUUAUCAGAUGUGACUCCACGCACUAUGGUCUCGGCCUUCAGCAUUGCAGACGACAAUUCUGUCAUCAACUACACGAGACCUGCAGACCUGACAGGGCUUGUCAAUGUUACCAGUGUAGAUCUCACUGUCAAUGUGACGGAUGACGGGAACCCGCCCCUGUCUGCCCAGAAGGUGUUCACGCUGCUGCUGGUCAAUGAUGCAGUGACCUGUGAUGACCCUCCGAGCAUCAUUAAUGUGGACACUACGGUGCCACUGCCUGCAGUCAAACCCCUGUCAUGUACGUCGGCAGCGGGGAACAGCAUCUCCUACAAGGUCACAGUUCUAUCAGGAGCCGACAUCGCAAUGUCUGUGUUAAAGAACGGUUCCAUAUCCAUCAACACAUCUUCCCAGGUGGCUGAUUUCAAUGUCAAUGUAGAAGUGUCAUCCAUCUAUGAUGUUCAGACAUCAUUCAACACCACAAUAAGUGCAGGUGAGAAGCCCAACUGCACUAUGGCCAGCUCCGACCUGAAUGUGAGAACCAAGGAUGCUGCAGGAAGCAUCUACAUCAACUUUACCUGUGAGACUGCAGGUUCCAACAAAGACGCCAUGGAGUUUGAUAUUGACAAUGACAUUGAGAAUGAUUUCUUUGCUGUGUCUGCAACAAGCAGGGAUGUUGGAGGGACGACUGUGGGAAGUGCUGGCAUCUCACUGGCUGCAGCAUACAAUGAAACCACCUUUCCCAGUUCUGUAACGGUGACUGUGACGAAUGUGUAUGGAGACACGAAGUUGACCUUUAAGGUGGUAAUAGUGAACACUCCACCGGUGUUUGUACCAUCGGACCUCCCCGUGGUGACAGUGAGCGAGAAGCUAACAUCAGGUGGACAAGUUUAUAACAUCAGCGCGACAGAUGAGGAGUCAAGUGUCACCUUCUCUUUACAAGAUGCAAUUAAUUCUAGCAUUCCAGUACCAUUCAGUAUUGAUCCCAGUUCUGGGCAGAUCUCCACCAGCGGAAGUCUGAAUGCAACUCUAGUCAAGUCUUACACUGUCACAAUUACUGUGACAGAUGCAGGUGGUUUGAGCAGCAGCAUCAAUAUGACUAUCAAGGUGGAUGAUGUCAACGAGCCACCACAGUGUGCCAACAGUGGCGAUGUUACACUGAACGUGGAUGUCACAGCACCAGUCAAUUAUUCUGUCAUUGUGCUGAACUGCUACGACUGGGAUGUCGCCGACAACAACAGCAUCCUGACAUACACCCUAGAGGGGGUCGAGGCACAACUUGCAGGUCAUAUUGGUUUCAAUGACAGUAACAACAGAGAGAUUCUGCUGCUGCGGUCGCUGAGUACACUCAAUCUGACAGCAACGCCAUCAACAACAUUCAACAUCAUCAUCGCAGAUGGAGGGACUCCUUCACUGAAUUUGACUCUGUCCAUCACCAUCAACUUCUCAGAUAAGCGUCCGACAUGUUCCGAGCCUAGCCUCCAGCUGUCCGUGUCGGAGCGAAGUGCUGUCUCAUCCUGCUUCAACCUGACCCACAGCUGCACCGACCCCACCUCCACUGGCCUCACCUAUGUCCUGACCAACACCUCCCUGGGGGGUGGCGACCAGCCCCUGCUUGCAUUCUUCUCCCUGGGGACCAACUCCCAGGGAUCCCAGCUGCCCUAUCUGAGUGUGUGCCUGGAGACAAACAUCACAGGGCUGCCUGGACGUUAUAUGGGAGGUCUACAAGUUUCCAACAAUUUAUUUUCCACUAAUUUAAAUGUGACGGUGGAUGUGCUGGAUGUCAAUGACCUGCCCAUCAUCCAAGGUCUCCCCAUCAACAACACCUACAACAUCAGCGAAACAACACCUAUAGGAUCGCCAGUUGCAACUCUUAACAUCUCCGACCCAGAUCCAGGGGACAAUGGAGUACUGUCCGUCACUUUUGAAGCGGCCGACCCUUCGCUGACAUAUGCUGGAGACUUUGAGUUUAACAAUGUGACGGAGGAGAUAAAAGUAGCUCAGAUGCUGAACGCUACAUCGAACACUGACUAUUCCUACAUACUGACAGUAACAGAUGGAGGAGGAUUGUCCACGUCCGUCAACAUCAUCAUCAAUGUUGAUGAUGUGAACGAAGCUCCUAAAUGUGAACAGCCAGGAGACUUCACUGUAAACGCCACUGCGGGUCCGGACUUUGUGAUUGGUCAACUCAUCUGUUGGGACACUGACGCUAAGACCGAGUUCAAGACUCUUGUGUAUGAGGCAAAGCCCAAGGAACCAGGUGCCAUAUCACUGAUCAAUGUGACAUCUGAUGGUGUCAUCAAACUGUUGGAUACCAUACCAUACCAACAUGAUCAACUAGUCUACCAGGUUACCGUUAGCAACGGGAGUCCAGGCAACACUAUAGCUCCCUCUGUCACCAUCCCUGUGACAAUUGUGUAUAACAAGGCCUUUCCACCCACCUGCAACACGACCAGUGUGAGUGUGCGUUUCAAGGACACGGACAGCGUGGGGUGUGCGGUCGAGAAGGUCAACUGUACCAACCCCCUGGACAAACUGCCCAGUGUCCAGAUGACCAGCCUCCCGGCCAACUUCAAACUGGAGCAGGAAGAGACUGGAGCAUCUAUUUCCUUCCGAAUGUGUGCAAACAACACCAGCUUUAAGGACAGUAUUGGCAGCCAUGAGGUGAAAGUGAUUGUGGAGAAUGGACUGGGUAAUGUCACCAUGACCUGGAACAUUGUAGUGGAGGACGUGAAUGAAGCGCCACGCUUCCAGGAAGUCAAAUACCAUGGAUCCAUUCCAGAGACCACACCCAUUGGGAAAAUAAUUGCCAGGUUGCAAAUCAGCAAUGGACCUUUCACCGAGAGUGGUCUGAAAGCUGCUGAUGGAACGGACAUCAUCCGUGUCACGGACCCAGACAGACACACAGUGCAGCAUCAGAUACAGAGAACUGCAGCUCAUGGGAAGAUUGUGUGGAAGAGGAAUAACACAGCUGUUGCUGCGGAUAACCUCCCCAUCGACUACUCCUUUUCCAACUUAUCUGUCCGGGGUGACCUGGACGAGUCUCUCCAGUACCAGUUCACCAUACAGGUUGUGGAUGGAGGGAAUCUGUCAGCGUCCGUGGUAUACACUGUGGACAUCCUGGACGUCAAUGAAGCACCAACAUGUAGUGUGUCUAGCCUGAUCUUCAACAUGGGCUUAGUGACCGAUGUGGACACCUUGAUGGACACCCUGUCAUGUUCAGACCCUGACUAUGAUGCCAACAAGACGAAGACUGUUUACACAACGGAGGGGUCAGACAGGGAGUUUUUCAACAUCAGCUCAAGCGGUGCCAUUACCCUUGGGAAGCGGUUGCCGAGAGACAGAGACACCCUUCAGCUGCAGGCUGUGGCCAGUGAUGCGGCCGACAGUAGCUUGAAGCAUGUAGUUAACAUCACUGUCAAUGUUAAUCGUACUGUCAGUGCGAAAUGCGAACUUCGUCAGAUAAACCCUCCAGUCUGGAUCAUCAACAGCUGUAUAUCCUUGAACGUGACCUGUACUGACCCCACAGCUGAUGCAACCAGCACGCUGACAUACACAGAAAGCGGAACCUACACCGGUGGAUUUACGCUUGUUGGGGACGCAGGCUCGUACACCUUGUGUUACACCCUGACAACUAAUGGCACAUACUAUAUUGAGAUAACAGUUGACAAUGGCUUAAAAAACACAAGCCUACGUUCCGACAUUGGAGUGGUCUAUCUGCGGUCAACACCCACCUUUAAGAAUCAGAAAUAUGAAGUGAAUGUUACAAAGACGGUUGCUGUGGGCGACACCUUCCUGACAGUGAAGGCAGCGACGGGCGGGAACUUUUCUGGCAAUAUCACGUACCAGAUUACAGACUACACCCCACCAUCUAUGAGCUCCUAUUUCCAAGUGAAACCUGUGACGGGUGAGCUGCAGGUCCUGAAGGACUUGGAGGAGUUGCUGAGGAACCGGAUAUUUGAUGUCACGUUGACAGUGCAGGCAACCGAUGACUUGUCUCUCUUGAAGUCGACAGUUGGUAUAAAGGUCAUCAUCCAAGAGGUCAACCUUUUACCUAACUGUGAUUCCGUACCAAACCAGCUGAAAGUGGACCUCAGCAUUCCUGUUGGUGAUGAGAUCUACCAGGUGGUUUGCACUGACGCCAACUUCAGGCCAACAUUGAACCAAGUCAGCUAUACCAUGCAAGCUUCAGACUACUUUGCCCUGGACUCUGACGGGAGGAUCACGGUGAAGCAGUCCCUGUCUCUCACCACGUCCACCUACGCCCUGAGGAUAGGAAUCACAGACGGACCCAGCAACCAACAAGUCACAGUCGUUAUUAGUGUUACAUUGACACAGGAUUUCACUGUUGAGCUUGUAAACAUUACAACCACGUCCAUCCAGAUUCAGUGGAGCUUUAAGCGAGCCGACUACGCCCAGAUUGUCACUCACUUCAUUGUGGAGUUCCAGGGUGGGGACAAGCAGGGCGUUCCCAUGAAGCUACAGGGUGACCUGCAGGGGACAGUCCUGACUGGUCUUGCACCUGGCACAACUCAUGUCAUUGCUGUCAAGGCUGUCACAAUAUUUGGCACAGCCAGAUCAAACACAUUGACAACCAAAACGAAAGAUAUUCCUGUGCUGAGUAAGAUAAUCGUGAGGUACAAGGACAAGAACACACAGUGGACCGCUGGCUAUAACGACCCUAACUCCAUGGUCUUCAGGAACUAUGCAAUAACAGCUGAAGCCAGCUUGAAGGAGGGACUCAAGGCUGUUGAUGGAUUGCAUGCAGUGACAGUUAUUGGUCUGAGCUCUGGGAGUGUUAUGGUGGAUGCUCUUGUGGCCGUCAACCAGUCUGGGAGCAUCACACAGGCUAAAAGUGUAUUCCAGGCCGUUGUCUACUCCGGGACACUUGGCCCUCAUGUCGAUGGGGGCUCUGCAGAUGUGAAGAAUAGAGACAAGUAUGCAGUUAUAAACUCCAUGACCCUUGGUUCGGGCGUCACGACCGCUGUGAGCGAGGAUGGGAAUGCAUCUGUAAAGUGUGUGUUCAGACUGGUGGGAGCUAGUCUCACCCCCUCAGUCAGAUGGACACUGAAUGACAAGGCCAUAUCUGCUACAUCCUCCGGCAAAUACACAACCAAUAUCACCAAACUGAAUACGGAUGUGUUCGGAUAUGUCGCUAAGCUUGAUAUUGUCUCUGUUGGAAUACAAGAUAAUGGCACAUACAAGUGUGAGCUGGCAUCUGAUGACAUUCUGGAGCAUCGUUCAUUACCUGUGUUAGUUUUACAAAAACCUGUAGUUGCCCUUCAACCUCUGACCAACUUUGUGAAAGCCCGGGAUGCGGUUGAGCUCAACUGUUCCAUGCUGUCUGGGCAAGUGGAUGCUGUGGUGUUCACCUGGUACAGAGAUAACGAACUCAUCUCCAACCCACCAGUGGUGGACGUUUCGCCUACAAAGCAAACACUGAAGAUCCAAAGUGCCCUGUCCAACAGCGCCUUCUCCUGCCAAGUGAUGAACACCGGCGGCAGCACCACCAGCCCCACGGCCACCAUUAGGAUCAUUAAGAGUGAUGUGAAAACCUGUAACCAGUCCAGUGAUUCACAAGGAACAGUGUGGAUGCCUUCUCCUGUUGGUCAGACCAUUACCAUGAACUGUCCUCCCGGCUAUCAAGGCUUGGUCAAGAGAGUGUGUGGCAGUGCUGGUCAAUGGCAGAGAGCCAACUACGCUGACUGCAGGCUGGGGACACUGGUGGAACUCCAGGAGCAGCUGGACACCCUACAGACGGGCUUGGAGAUAACGGACACUGAGGCAGUUGUGAGUCAACUGAAGGAUGUGACAGGAAGCAACCCGCUGGUGGCCGGUGACGUGGACACCUCCAUCAACAUCAUCAACCAAAUUGUCAGCAUUUCGGAGAAUCAGACGGAAGUCAAGAAGGAACUAGUCAAGGACAUGGUGGAGAGCGCCAGCAACAUGUUACAGGCCGACAAGACUGUGUGGGAGGACCUGGACAAGGAGAACAAGCAGGGCGUCACAUCCUUGUUGAAGACCCUGGACAAUGUUGGUCAAGUGGCCAGUCAGAAGUCCAACACCUCAAGCAAUGAUGAGAGUCUUACCAUCAUCACCACCAAAAGUAUAGUCCUGGCUUUUGGCAAGACCAACCCCAAGGACAUCACCUUCCCCCAGGCCAACAGUGGUCAGUACCCACCAUGGGUCCAGACGUCCAAGACCAAGGUCACUAUCAAGGCACAGACGUACUCAGCCUCAGUACCAGGAAAAGCGGAAUUAAUCCCAAACAACCUGAUGGGAUACAGUGGAGUGUUAUAUAAGGAUAUUGAAGAGCUGGUUAGCAGAAGGAAGGCAGAGACAGAUGGAAGCACCAUUCAAGAUGUAGGCAGUGUGCCAUUGGAGAAGAAAAUUAACUCAAGGAUACUGUCAUUCUCCCUCAUCCCAAGCAUGACCACCAAACUGAACCCCUCUGUAACGCUGUCAUUUGAACAUCUUAAUGGCAACUUCUCAGAACCGGUGUGUGGCUUCCUCAACUAUUCAGCCCCAUAUGAGCAGAAUGGCCGCUGGUCAUCUGAGGGCUGUAGAGUGGUCAACAAUACGGAGAAUAUGACCGUCUGUGACUGUGACCACCUCACCAACUUCGCCAUACUCAUGAGUCCUGGGCGCAUUACGGAACAAGAUGCCAAGAUCCUGAGUAUCAUUUCGGCCGUUGGUUGCGGCAUCUCCAUCUUCUUCCUCGUCCUCACCAUCUGCAUCUACUGUGCCCUGUGGAGGUAUGUGAAGUCCGACCGUGCCAUCAUUCUCAUCAACCUGUGUUUCGCUCUCAUCAUUGCCUACUCCAUCUUCUUGGGUGGGGUCACACAGACGGAGAACCAGGCGGUGUGCACGGCCAUCUCGGCGCUGCUCCACCUCUUCUUCCUGGUGGUGUUCUUCCUGAUGUUGGCGGAGGGGGUAGAGGUCCUCGUCAGCGUCAUCUACGUCUUCAACACCAAGUCCAGGCUCCGCUGGCUGCUGCUGCUGAGCUGGGGUGCCCCUGUCGUGGUGGUGGGGAUCUCCCUAGGGGCCACCCAGCUCAAGGGCUACGGCAGUGAACAGUUCUGUUGGCUGUCUCUGGAGAGUGGUCUGUUGUGGGCUUUUGUAGCUCCAGCGCUGGCUGUUAUCUUGGCCAACCUCAUUAUUGUGUUCAUCGUCCUGAAGACAAUGUUCAGCACAACCGCCAUGAUGACCAAGUCAGCCAUGGAAAAGGGGAGAGCUGGCUUGAAGGCCUUGUGUGUCCUGCUGCCGCUGAUGGGGGUCACCUGGGUGUUUGGUGUGUUCUCCGUGAACGAGGAUCUCAGGGUCUUCCAGUACCUGUUUGCUGUGUUUAACUCCUUACAGGGCUUCUUCAUUUUCAUAUUCCACUGUCUGGUAUCCCGACAAGUACAAGAUGGUAUGAAGAACAGGAGGCGACGUUAUCGUGCCAAGAGUUUCAAGACGACCGGAACCGAGUCCUCAUCUCAAAUGCCGGCAUCGAAACUGGUGAGUACCAGCAGUGAGGAGGAGCGGCCCAUCAACGACCUGGACAAGAAAGUUGGGUCCCCAUUCAUCGAAGCUGACCGCCAAGUGCAGCAGAUUGCCAAGAAGCUGUAUGCCAACCAUGACAACCUGAUGGACAACAACAACCCACAGAAGCCAUCCAACAAGGUCAACGUGCCAGUGGACCCCGCGGACAUCAAGCAGAUGAACGGGGACAACACCCUAGACAGCUUCCUGUUCACCAACAUAGACAACCACAAACCCGUGAGUCCAGUGCACAGCAUAGAGGACAAUGAUGCUUUGGCAAUUAGAUCCAGGGCUGUGAGUGGCAAGUCUCUCAAGCAGGAUCAGCAUCUCACCAGUAAGGAUGACAUCAUAGAGGAAAAUGAAUCACUCUUCAUUGAAACUCAUCCUCCAAAGUCCCCCACAGCAAUGCCACCAUCCCCAAUCAAGAAGAACGCCUGGGGCGAGCAGUCGUCACCGCUACACUUCUCCGACUACAAACUUGGAGGAGAGAAGCAGCAAGCGAAGAAGUCAGGUGGUCAGCUGCCCCCAGUGAAGACAAGGUCCAAGCCACUGGGACUCCUGGACCACUAUGAUGCACCUCCUGCCCACAUCCUGGCAGACCCACGGAUCCAAGACAGGGACCCAGAUCCUGAGGGGAAACUCCAGGAGAGGAAGAAGAGGCUGGAGCAGGUGUACAGUGUGGAACCAGCCUGGUCUGGUGAGCAGAACAAGGCCAGGAAGCCAGUUUCGUCUAAGACGUCAGGACAAAGUCAGAAAUCCUCCAAUAACAGCCAGAGGUCUGGGGAUGACCCUCAAUCUAUGGACCGCGAAGUUGAGACGAUACACCUUUAUGAAUCCAGGGAUCUGCCGCUGUACAGAGGCCGAACCGAUGACAACUGGGGGAAAGUGAAAACUGCUGUUGAAAGAAAGAAACGGCAACAGCGAAACAGCGGCGAGUUACCAAGACACUUUGUACAUAGUGAAGAGGACUUGUCCCGGUAUGGGAGUCGACAACCAUUCGGUGGGAUACGGACGGCCGAUGUGGGUGUGCCCAUCAUGUCGCGACCCCGUCAACACAGGGAGGUCAGCAGGCACGAUCCUAACCGACAUUAUCGGUACAUGUAAACAUGUGAUGUACGUGAGAGAAGAUCUAGAGGGAUCACUUCAAUGAAAACACUCAUGAUAUAGAAGCUUUUCACUAGAUCGGAUGAGAUGGACAUGUGUAAGCUGGAUAUGUUAUUGAUAGAGUUUGGGCAGAUUUGCUAAGAACCAUGGAUGACACCUGACUAUAUGCUAUAAUCAUGUUUUAUUGGUAAUUCAUGACUGAUACAGAUGGAUUUGUUUAACUGAUUAGAUAUAUAUUGAAAGGACUUUCCCAUAAACCCUUUAAACUUUACAUCAUGGUUUGUUAUCAAUAUUUGCAUGAUCAAGUCAAGUGACAAAUGGUCAAACAAUUUUAACACCUUCAAAUGCAAAGAAAGCUAAGAUCACAACUGUUAUUUUUAGCAAUAAGACCCAAUCUUGAUGAAAGUUGAAAUGAGUUCGCAUGCAAAUUUGAUCAUUGAUGGAACAUUGAUCUUAGUUCCAGCAUUAAAAGUCAAGAUCAUAUUACUUCAUGAUUUUGUUUGCAGUUUCAAGAAAAAAAAGUAAGGUUUACUACACUUUUGUUUCAGUUAAAAAUAGUUGUUAAUUGAGACGACGCUUUUAGAAGGGCUUGUGCAAUUAACUGUAGAGACAACUUGCCAUUUAAAAGAUUAAACUUGAAAGCACUCUUAUAUUAUUUUAAUAUUUUUAUGGAAGUUUUGAACAUGACUUUUCAUAAUGUAUAAUAAUUAUUGUAUGACCUACUCUUCAAUGAAUACCUCAAGCAUAAUACAGCGGUAAUAAUAUAUUGUUCUUGUGUUUCUAAGUCUUUUAUUUUUGUUAUAUUACUUAGAUGUAUAUUUGAAUAUUAAGAAAUCCACCAGUAUAUCAACAUGAAUUUUAUUAUCUCAAAGCAUUUACUGCAUAGUGUAUUUGAAAAAAACUGUUUUGAAAGCAUGUUUAUUUUUUCUUACAUUCAACCCAUACACAUUAGGUUUUUCAAAACUUCUAAAAGAUUUCAUUUCAAGAUAAAACAUAUUAUAUUUUCCAUGACAAAAUGACAUUAUUAUACCUAUGUAUCGACAAUCAUUGCUUCGUUCAAAUGUGCUUUAAGUCUGCUGUGAUGGGUUGAAGGUACAUAUGGUUUUAAUGUAUAUAAUCUAUUUCAAACAUGAACACUGAUUCAGGUUUAUAUAUCUAAACGGAAAACGUUUACUGAUGAACUAAACCAUCCCAAUGGUCAUUUCUUAAUUCAUAUAGAAUGUAUGGUGGACAUCAUAUCACAUCUCGAUCAUAUUAAAAAGAAAAGAAAAAUAUCAUUUUGCCCGCCAUACCUAUGCACUUCUGAGCGGGAGCAGUUUUUUUCUGUGUUAGAAAUACGAAAAAUGGUCCUCCCGCACAAUUGGUAAAAAAGAUGGUCUGAUAAUAGGUUUGUUUUGGUCCAAUAAAUACAGCUUGGAAUUCUUCAUUAAACUCAACCAUCCAACUCUAGAUCAAUGAGAAGUAAACACACACACACACACUGCUCAUUGCAAACCCAUGUUGACCAACGAACAUUUGGCACAUGGCAAAAUAUCCAUUGAGAAAAAACCUGCAAUCUUAAUGUCUUUUCUUCUCCAUUGUCCCCCACCUACAGACCAUGUAUUUUCACAAGGACAUCUGCUCAUUACGUCUGGCCUAACUUGAGAGUUGUCUCUGUAAUACUUCCAAUAAUUCCAUUUGAACGCAGUGCCUUUCCAGGAAUACCAUUGUCCACCAAUCAUGACUUGCCAGUCGGAGAAUGACUUGGUAAUUGUAACAGAGGUCAUUUUUAUACGUGAUCACAAAGUGUUUGGGUUUUGAAGAUUUUAUUUUAGAGGUGUGUAUACUCCUUAAGCAUUCUUCACACAGCAACCAGUGCUAAUAGUACCGUGAUAGCACGACUGGUAUCGUGGGACGGGGAAGUGGUGUGGCACUAAUGGGUGUGGUUCUCCUAACUGUGUAAGACCUGGGUAAACAUCAGUCCUAGGUCCACAUAAAUAUGGUCCUAGGAUCUCAUAAUAUGGUACCUGAGUCCUAGCAACUAUGUCAAUAGUAAAAAUGACGAGGUAUAGUUUGUGUCCACGUGAAAGCCUUGUUAACUGAUGGAAGUUAUGUCGGGGAAGCGUUGCAGGGUCGCGGGACCAAGUAGAUGAAGCGCUCGUAAAAGGUGGGAAUAUUAUCAGUUUAUCAACAUUUACAGAUUUUCUGUUGAAGAAUAUUUCUAUUGGCAGAGAACAACACUGUUUGGGAAGGAGGUCUCUGUUAGAAAUAUCAUCCUUUAGAUUUUCAUUGCAAAAUUUGUUUUCCAGUUUAUUCUGUCAUUAUUUGUUUUUCGAAUUUGGAAAAAUAUCAAGGGAGUCGAUGGAGUUACAAAUGGUUUCUUUUAAUGAAAAGAAACUGGCACAGACGUUCUGUACCAGAAUUCUUGGCAAGAGAAUUAUAUAUUUUUGCACAAAAUAAACACACUCAAAGUCAAGAGGAUUUUGAGGCCGAUGCUUGAGAUGUUAUUUGUGUUUUGUAUGUCAAUGUAUGUCUCUAACGGGCUGUGUCUCCAGUGCUAGCGAUGUUAUAUUGAACAAAUGUGUAGCCAGGGAUGUAGGUUACAUUGCAUGGACAUGUAUCAGCAUUUAAUCCAAACAAAGUCAUUUCAUGCAAUAAAUACCCUUAGUCAUCAUCA